AUGGAGCAAUUACCUCGUACACAGCAGUCUGAAUCAGCGGGUUACAGAGACAUGGGCACGGACACAAGCAACGGCCAGAUAAUGUUAACACGGCCCCAUCAAGCGCGAGUAAUUACCACACUUCCGUUAGAAAUCCAAUCAGAAAUCCUCAGCCACGUUUCCACCCUCUCAGAUCAAAUCUCAAUUAGUCAAACCUGCAAACUCUGGCAAACCAUCAUCUGGGAGUGCAAAUCAUGUCAAAGACAGCGAUAUGCUAGAGUAUCCGAGGAGGUCGACAUACAUAAAUUCAUAAAAUAUGACAAGCCAUUGAUUAAAUGGCUCUCGUGCACUUUCGAAAACGGGAAUGUGAACCAAUACAGAUACAAACAGUAUGAAUUCGAAAAAGAAGAGGACAGUGAAACGAGUUCACGAUGGAGGUGGCAGGAUCUCACGAAUUUCAAAUUUUUGGAUGAUCCCGUGGUUUCUCCGUUCUGCCAGGUUCCAGAAUUCUUCAACGGAGAGCGUGGUGAUAAGGGUAAAAAUGUAUUAUUCAUCAACCGGAUUUAUAGAUGGCCACCGAGUGCUUUAUUUUUUGGCCGCCGAAGUUGGGAGGGUUUGAAUCUACCCGAGUUCCUAGAGCUCAACACUAGCUCUCGUGGAAGAGGAGAAGAAGAAGAAGAAGAAGAAGGGUCGGAGUUGGAUUCAAACAAAGAAGAAUGCUGGCAAAGUAUUCGGAUCUCUUUAGAGUUCCCAAAGUGUCCUGCUUCUUUAGGUGUAUUUUACAGGACUUUUGCGUUCGUACCGGCGGACACCACAGUCAGAGGGCUCCUACAAUCCAUUGUAGAGGAGAUUCAGCCAGUGAUGAAGAAAUGGGAGUUCGAUUCCAGCGUUGAGCAUGAGUUGAUAUUUUCUUCAAUCCGAGAUCUCAACCACGAGUUUGAGGAUGACCCUAUCGAUAUCUACCUGGAACUGAAAUGUGAUAUUCCUUUCAUCCCCGGAAAGGAUCGGUCUUGGGUGGAAACCACUAGAUCCGCAAACGACCAGUCUGCAGCUUCGGCAGAUGCCUAA